UGGUGGCGGCCACCCCUGCAGGGGGCCAGGGACAUGGCCACAGUCCCUCUCCUCCGUCCCCACUUGGCCACCCAGCUACCCGCCAGGGGAGAUCUGGGACCUGGACAGCCGCCGGGGGCUUAGGACAGAAAGUAGGGGGCACUGACCCACCCCCAGCUCCCUGCCUGUCAGCCACGGACAGACGGGCUUAUCAGGCCCCAACCCUUCCUACCCCCCGGCCAGUAGCUGUGCCCGUCCCUCCACCCACUCCCCGACAGACACUGUGAACGGAUGACAGCAGGCCUCGAUCAGAUCAGACUUGCUAUUUAUUCAGCCGUAGCCUCUGGGCUGGGACGGCACCCAGAGGCCAGGAGAGAGCCGCCGUGUCCCAUACCCCUUCCCAUUGCCUGAGUGUUGGCAUCCUUGCCACUCCUGUCUCCCACACACAUUCUCCAUUUCUCCAUCUCUCUUUCUCUCUCUCCCUCUCUCUCUCUCUCUCUCUCUCUCUCUUUCUCCCUCUCUCCGUCUCUUCCCUCUCUGUCUCUGUCCUCAUCUGGCUUUCUCCCCACCUGCUUCCCUGCCUCUGCCGCUCUCUUGGCCCAGCCUGGGCUCAGCCAGUCCCUUGCAGUAUGGAGAGGUGGGGCGGAGUUGCGGUCAGGCCCCCUGGGUCUGCUUAGGUCUCCGUCCUUUAGUGAAUCCAUAGGCUGGCUGGCAUCCUUGCCCCAGGAAGGUGGUCUGGGCAUGGUGACUGCAGCCAAACCGGACCUGGUUUUUCUCUCUUUGAUCUCAGGGGGUCCUUUUUGGAGUUUAUUGUAUUUUAUUGAACUUGGUGGGGUCUUUGGGGGGUGGGGAGAAAGGCUUGUUCUCAUGGGGUUUGUUGGUACAUUCAGAAACUUUACCAAAGUCAUGUUUAGCUGCUUGUGGUGGAGCCCCCUUCUGCACGCAGGCACAGUAGGGACUGGGGGGGGGGGGCUGGGUUUGGUGGCUGAGCCAUGGGGACCUUGAGCCACUGCUGCUCAGCAGCUCUGGUCUGAGAGAGACAUAUCUAAAGGUGGGAUCUGGGGGCUCCUGGAGUCUGGCCACAGCUUGGGGGUGAGUUGACGAUCUCAGGGGGGCACAGAGGGAGCCCAAAGGGCCGUGACCACCCAGGAUGGUCUUCAGGGAAUGUGGGCACGGGGUGGGAUGAGUGCAGAAGGCGCUGGUGUGGCAGGGAGGCUGCUGGAGGGACUCGACGACAGGCUUGGGACAAGGGGGCUGAGGGAGGGGGCUGGAGGAGUCCAGUGAUUGAGGAUGCAGGGAAGGGACAUGCGGGUUUGAGGAUGUGCAACAGGGACAGAGGAGGGGCAGGCUCACAGGAGUGGGGAGGCCAGGCCGCCAGGGGUGGUGGGCAUGGCAGAGGUGGGGAAGCUCCCAUAGUGCCCCUGAGCAACCCUCUACUCACCCCGAGCUGGCUAGCCCCCAACCCAGCUUGGCCUGGGGAGGAUGAGGCCGGGCUGUGGUGCACCCAAGGCUGCAGCAGCGGCCAGAGCAGAAGGGGGUGUGUUUCCUUUUGUCGGUGAUGCAUGCAAAUCAAGUGGACAAAGAAACAAGAUACAAAAAGAAAGAAAGAAAGAAAGAAAAACACACACACAAAACCGCAAACAAAAACCAAUCAGCACCAAAGGUGAGGCACCUCGCUGGCUGUAGCUGAAGCAAUACAGGCUUAGGCGUCGCUGUAUCCUGUAUCUAGUGUUCUGAGUCAUUAUUAUAUUCACGAAAUGCCGCAUGUUUAAAAAGUAAUAGUCAUCAUCUUCUCCUCUGGGGGGGUUGCCCCUGCAUCCCCUUUGUGAGGGAGCAGGGGUAGGGUGGGGGGCCAACGGGCUUGCCCCCCUCUCACCCCCAACCCCACUGCCCUCCCUAGCUGGGUCCAGCCGCGGAGGCCUUUGCAGGUAGCCUGAGCUACCUGGUUUUAUUUUUAUUUAACUUUAUUUUCUGUUGUGUGUGUGUGUGCUCCUGCUCCUUUCCCCCACUUCAGUGUUAAGUGGGAGCCCUGGAGGAGCCUCUCCUCCCUCCCUGCCUCUCCCAUGUCCUUCCUUUACAUCACCAGCCAUCCCUCUCAUCUGGGCAAAGGGUGGACUGGACUGGCAGGUGCCUGGAGGGGGACCUGGCCCAGCCCACUGGCCCGUGUCCCCUUCUCAGGCCACUGGUGUUGCCCUGUCACUUUUUAAAACAAAAUGCCCUUGUUUGUAAACCCUUAGAUGCUUGAGAAUAAAAGCCCUCCCUUUUCUUCCACUGAGUGGUGGUCCAUGGUGUGUGGUGGUCCCGGCCCAACUUGGCGAGGAAAGGGUGACCUCAGCCAGUCCACCAUGUUGGGAGCAGCGCUCCUGCUACUGGCCCUGUUCCUGAGGACCGCCACCUUGCCCAGUGGGCUUCCCGCACCCCCGUUCCCCGCGGCGCCCGGGCCGUGGCUGCGCCAACCCCUCUUCAGGCUGGAGCUGUCGGACGCGGAAGACGCGUUCCCGCGCCGCGCGGGGCCGCUCGAGGUGCCGGCGGACAGCCGCGUGUUCGUGCAGGCGGCCCUGGCCCGUCCCUCCCCGCGCUGGGGUCUGGCCCUGCACCGCUGCUCAGUGACCCCGUCCUCACGCCCGGCCCCUGGCCCUUCCCUGGCGCUGCUGCGCGGGGGCUGCCCUGCCGACGCCUCGGUCGCCUUCCUUCCACCGCCGCCGCACCCCAGUGCCACCCGUCCCGCGCGCUUCAGCUUCCGCCUGCGCCCGGUCUUCAACGCCUCUGUGCAGUUCCUGCACUGCCAGCUGAGCCGUUGCCGCCGCCUUCGGGGAGUCCGCCGGGUGCCUGCGCCGCGGACGCCACCGCCGCCAUCUUCGUGUCUGCCUCAGGACGAGGCGUGUGCAGUCUCUAGGAGUGGCAGCGGCGAGAGCCUGGGCGCCGAGAGCCCCCACCUGCACACGCUGACGCAGCCCAUCGUGGUCACAGUGCCGCAGCCGCCCCCAAAGCCGCCCAAAAGCGUCCAGGGCAGGGCCGUGCGCCCUGAGCCGCCCGCGCCGGCCCCCGCGGCCCUGGAGACCGCGCCGGUGGUGGCGCUGGUGGUGGCGGCCUUCGUGCUGGGCGCCGCGCUGGCCGCCGGUCUCGGCCUAGUCUGUGCGCACUCAGCUCCCCGGCUCCCCGGCGCGCCCCCGAGAGCCUCGCCCAGCCGCCCCCAGCCCAGGAGGCCCCAGUGAGGCAGGGAUGGCUCGUCUUCAGCAGGAUCCAGAGAAGCACCAGCCACGGUUUCGGACCAGGUCCGCCAGGACCCUUGGCCUCCGACAAGAUGGGACCACGACCCCUGCGCCACCCCCUCCCCCUCCACUUUCUUCCCUCCCACCUGGGCUGAAAACGAAUCUCUGAACUGAA